AUUUUGUUACUUAUUUUAUGUAGUAUAUUUUAGAAAGUAUUUAAUGUCCAUGUUCGAUUGUAUUACUUACGUAUAUAUAGGCAUACAUACACACGCGCACACACACGGAUAUUUUGGUUUCUUUAAUAAUGAUUAUAACAAAAUGAUUAACAUUUCUUGAUUUCAUAAUAAAAAGAAACAAUAUCAUCAUGGAGGAGAAUGAAUUAUACAACGCUACAGUUCCAUCUUUCUCUGGAAUUGAACCAGCCUUUUGGAAUUAUUCUGAUCAUGUCAUCCUUGAUGAUCUUAAGAUGGAUAGUAGUUUUAUAUACUUACUUUGCUCAUUAGUAUCUGCUAUUUCUUGGAUUAUUUAUAUAGCUUAUUAUAAUAGCAGAGUCAUUGGUUAUAUAUUAACAAAAUUGUUAAAUCGGUUUAUUAUUAGAGAUGGAUAUGUUAAAGUAGGGUCUUUUACAUUAAGUGCGUUAAGUGGAAAAAUAAUGUUCCGAGAUAUAGUUUAUAUCACAACAGAUUAUAGUAUCAGGGUACAGGAUGGGUGGCUUAUAUUUAGAUGGUGGAGGAGUUAUGUUCCCAAAGAUGUAUCUGAGGAUCUUUCACAUUCCGACACACGACUUUCAGUUAUGUUAAAUGGUUUUGAAUUACAUGUUUACAAUCGCUGUCAGUUAUAUGCACAACUAGAAAAAACAUUUGGUCUCGCACCACAAAUGUUUCCUGAUGAGGAAAAUCAUAAUGUCAAUAGCGAUGAUCGUGAUGCAGAAUCAUUUAGUAAUAGCGCCCAUGAAACUCGUCAGCAAAUAAAUGCAAUAGAUGUUUCACGUCAUGUUGAUAAUAUUAGGAAAAAAGAAGCUCAUGUCAUAGCCAGAACAUGGAGAGAUUUAAUACCUGUUAUUAAAUUAGAUGUCUGCACAGGCAGAUUAGUAUUUGGUAAUCGAUUAAUACCAACUACUCUGUCAAUAACUGUAGAAGAGGCACAUUUUGUUUAUUCUACGAAACCAGCAGCAUCCCGACAUGAUCAUUUCAUGCAUUUUACAAAAUGUAAAGCAGAAAACUUUAAAGUUAUUUUAGCGCCUAGUCCAAAGUAUACUGGAAUGGUGGAUGAUCCUCCUAGAUAUAUGGGAGAAGGAUUUGUUGUAUUAAGCUCUAACAAUAUGGAAGUUUACUACUAUAUGGAUGAACCUGGAUUUGUUCCUGAGCACCCAGAAAUGAUUCAGUUAGUAAAUGGUGAUAUGGUAGAAGCUAUGCCACCAAUUUGGGGCAUUGAUAUUAAAUGUGGAAAGGGUACUGAUUUUAGUUACGGACCAUGGGCUGAUCGGCAAAGGGAACAUUUAUUUAAAUUCUUUUUUCCCAACGAUUAUCAGCCAUUAAAAGUUACUAAAACCCCGGUUACUGGAGAAAAAAGACAGGUUCAAUCAUUCGACAUUAGAUUAUCGACAUUGAAUGAAGCUACAAUUGAUAUACUCUUUAGUAAAAAUAGAGAAACAAAUGCUGUUCAUAUUAAUGUAGGACCUGGAUCAUAUUUGGAAAUUACUAUGCCUUGGAUAGUUUUACAAGAUGGAUAUACUACGAAAAUAACAGGUCAACUAUUACAUUUAGAAGCAACUACAAGUUUGCAAUAUAGAAGUUUAGUUGAAAGCGAAACAUUAGAAUUUGGUGUUAAGUGUCAUUAUCCAAUAAAAUGGAAUGAUCAUCAAGAAUGGACAUUAAAUUUAACUGGAUGUAAAGCUACAGCUAACUUAGUUUAUUCGCACAAAGAAUUUUUUCAAGAUAUGAUUAAUGAUUGGGCUAGUAAAGCCAGACCUGAUAUUUUACAUUUUGUACCAUAUACCUGCAAGUUUAAUUUAUUAUUGAAAGAAUUUGAAUUGAUCACAGUAUGUAAUGAGUAUAAUUGGAUUGAUUGUUCAUCACAAAAUCAAGAAAAUACGCACAUUGCUUUUUGUGGAGAAUUUUUUGAGUUGUCAUUUGAUCUUCCAUUUGUGGACUAUUUGCCUGUUACCAUACCUCUGCGUUUUUGGAUUCAAGGUGAAAGCGUUGAUCUCUCUUUUUACUUACCAGAAGUCAAUACAAGUCGUACAAUUCUGUUAACUUUGAAUAAAAAUGCAAAGAUUAUGACUCGCGAUGGAUCGCAUACAUAUUUAUCAGAAUUAAAUAAAAAUAAAAAAUGGAGAAAUGUUUGCCAAAAAGGAGCUGGUUGGGUUGAUUGUUGGUCUGUACCAAUCGUGGCGUUAAGUAUUAAUUAUACAUAUCAUCCAUCUCCACCUUUAGGACCUACACCCCAAGCAAAUAUAACAACUCCAGAAAAAGAAGAAAUUCUUUUAUCUCCAAUGAGAAUUCCUCGAUGUAGGAAAUCACCUGGUCUUCAGUGGACAAAAAACGGUAGCCAAAAAUUUGAUCCACAGUCUAUAGCCCCUGAUAAAGUUAGUUUAGACCUCGAAAUAGGUCCUUCUAUAUUGAUUUUAUAUGGCUCACUUUUGAAGAAUUUUAUACAUUUAAAAGAGAAUUUAUUCGGCGAUUAUCAAACUUUUACGGACAUGCAGCAAAGUCGAACAAAUCCUACAUCGGUAAGCACAGAAAGAAGUAAAGAUAGAGAUGUGCAAAAUAGUAGCAUUGAAUCUGUAGAAGACGAAGAUGCAAAAUCAAAAUCAUUUGAUCCAAGAGAUUAUCGACCAUUGGAAGUAACAGUGGGUAUUACCAUGCAUGACAUACAAGCUCAUUUAGUAAAGAAUUGUGGUGAAAACGAUCCUCCUUGUCCAGUUAUACUUCUAGAACGAUUUGGAUUUGAAAUGAAAAAACGAUAUAAAGAAACGGAACUUCAAUUGCUUUUGUCGCCUGCAAUUGCAUUAAUUACUGAUAAUGUUGUUCGGACAAGUAAAGAACGUCACUUAAAUCAAGGUCAUUUAAUGUUAAGUGCAUUGCAAGUUAGAGGACAUGCAAUGUUCAGUAAUGAAGGAAGAAGUUUAGAUCAAGAAACGCUAGAAUAUGCAUGGUUGAUUGAAAUACAAUUAGGUAAAUUAACUGGGAAAAUAAGUUCUCCUCAAUUACAUCAUCUUGUAACAUCUCUAGAAACGUUUUUGUUAAUGGUACAAAAUAAUGAAAACAGUCUGCGUCCUCCUGAUUUACCACAUCAUUGCCACCAUGGUAUUCCACCUUUGCAAUGCCCUGAUAGCGAUGUUGAUAAGCAUUACAGGUGCCCUAGUUCUGAAGAUAUAAAGUAUAGAAUGACAAGAAUUGCAGUAGAUGCGAUUGAUUUGUAUUUUCAAGAAGUAGGGACAACUAUACACACCUGGAUAUCUCCAAUUCGCGUAUCAACCUGCAAUCUACAUGGUCAACAAGUCAAAUCUGGUGUAACUGGUGUAUUACCUAGAAUAUUAAUAAGACAGUUUGUAUCUGCAGCUGAUCAUUUUGCAAAUACAAGUAAUACAAAUACAGCUGGCAGUGGAAGAUCACACAAUAAUGCCAGUAGCCGUAUGUCAGGCGAUGGGUCUGAUAUUUGGUUAGAAGUAGGAUCGGUAGCUUUAGGUCCAGUAAUUUUAGAAGCUGCAAUUUCGCUUCCAACUCCAGAACAUAAUUUACAUUUGGUACAAAACAAAUAUUUAAAAUUACACGACGAAGCCACGAAACGAUUAUGGUUUUUAUGGCCCCAAGAAAGUGGUGUAAAAUCAACAAAAUGCGGUUGUAUAGGUGGCUGUGCAUUUUUUGGAAACAAUCGGAAUGGACCGAAAUUUUUUAAACCGAGUUACCACGAUUUUCAAGAUGGUAUCAAUGUUGCUGCAUACAGAAUUAACGAAUCUGGAAAAGAAAAAGGGUUUGGACAGUCUAUUUUACAUGAUGGCCAGCUAGUAUUCCACACGUCGCCUUAUAAUUUACCAGAUGUGUCCUUACAAGACUACCCAGUUACAGGAUUAAAAGUAACUGCUACACAGGAUGGAUCGCAAACUUCGAAAAAGAGUGUUGAACGACCAAGGUCUGUGACAGAUCAUAAUAAAGAUUUGGGUAUCGAAGAAACUAGUAGUACAAAAUUAAUUGCUACAUCAGCAAGUCCAUUCACAUGCAGUGGGGAACGGAAACUACUGGACAGAAGAUUUUCUUAUACAUCAAUGCGUGGUAAUAAUGUAAAAGAUGUACCCUAUUCUCGACUAGUCGACGCAAGUCCCGUUGCACAGUUACCGCAAAAGUUGGAUUCAGAUUCGAAAUUACAUACAGAACGAAGUAAAUCCAUUUUGAGUGUUCCUGAAAUUGAAACUGCUCCAAAAAGUAGUGUAUCUGAUUCCAAACUAGCAGUUGAUUAUUUCAAUGCAUCCGAUGUGGAACCAUUUGAAUCAAAUAGUCCACAGUCAUUACCAAUAGUAUCUACGGAAAUGAAUUUUUCUGAGUCAAUGCAAUCGAGCACGAAAACUGCUGAUGGUAUCAACAUUUCUGACUCUCAUCAUUCAUUAUACAUAAAAUCAGAAUCUGAAGAGAAAUUAAAGCAAGAGGUACAACGGACAAUAUCUAUGUCUUCAGAAAAUCAUUCCGAAGCUUUUUAUUCUGCCGACGAAGAUACAAGUCACGGAUUAAGUGGAAGUCGUACGUCGAGCUUACGACAAUCUAUCGUUGGAUCUGGUUCAGUAUUAAAUCGGAAUGAUAGCAUGAAAAAGAAAUUUUCAUCGGACUUAUCUAUCGUAGAAAGCUCAACAAACGCGAAUGUAUCCGUAUCUGAGAAAGCACACACUUUAGAAAGAGCGAAACCGCAAAUGAUAAGUACUAAAAGAAGUCCUAGAGUAAAUCGAAAUACUAGUUUUCAAAAUGACGUUGACUCAAAUGAAAAUGGCGGUAUGCGAGACUCAUCCGAUAGUCAUUCUGUUUCCUCUACAAGUUUCAUAUCUGCUGUGUCUUCACAAGAAGAUGUUACACUUGUAAAUCUACAUAUGCAAGUAAAUAAACCGAUCGUUGACUCACCACUUUUGAUGUCGAGCUAUGUCAGUCACUUAACGCAGAUGCGUUGUUCAAAUUGGAGUCAAUCGUCCAUCUCAGCAGGAAGUGGUGCAUUUACGACGCCACUUUUUCAGCGUACAGAGGAAGGCAGACUGGUUUAUGUUGGUGCAAGAUACGUACCAAAAUUUGAGACAGUUACAGAGGGAUUUACGUCGUUAAAAAUGAUCACAAGGUCCGAUGGUUCUCCCGUAGCUAGUUCAUCCAAUAAAACUCCAACGCAUCCAUAUCUUUGGGACAGCACAACUUUAAAUCAAAUGGAAGGCGAAAUACACCAUACUACCCACAAUGAAGAAGAGUUAUUAACUGUGCAACAUGAAAGUGGUUCACGUACAACAGUUAUUGUCAAAUUCAAGGGCGAUGUAGAUAUCAUGUUAAGUCCUAUGGUGCUUGAAUCUUUACAACGUUUCAUUGAUGCUAUCAUACCAACAUUAGCUACCUUACAUCCAUUAACCAUUUUGAAUCAUUUGCAUCAUGAGUGUAUUGGAAAAGUUGAAGAUGCUAAUAUCUUAAAGCAGGAUCAAAGCUUAUCAUAUUGGAGUCAAGUGCAAACAAGUUCAAAACGAUCCACUGCUGAAAGAAAUAUUAAGAAUGGUCAAGGUGACGAUAAACGUAAAAUUGCUCUACAAACAAAUGUAUACGAAGAAAGUAUUAUGACACAAGUACAAGGCAGUAUUAUUUUACCAAAGAUGAAUAUAACUUUAUUGCAAGCUUCGGUGGUCGAAGAAAUUAUAUCCUUUUCUGCUCUCGAAAAUAUUCGUGAUUUAACAUGUGUAUCGCUAUUCGCAAUUUGUUUCGAUGAUGCAAUAGCAAGGUUUUACAUCGGGAAGCAAGCUCGAGAAGUAGUUCAAACGUUUCAUAAACCAGCUGUAUUACCAAAUCAGAAAAAAGUAAACAAAAUCAGUAAGGCAUUUUUACCAGGACAUCAAACAGCUGCUGUAGUCGCAGAUAUUGGAAGUGGAGAAACAGUAUACAUAGAGACCUCGGAGAAACAACAAGAAGAAAUUGUGGUCACAUUAAAUAUAGGGAAAGCUCAUUCACAAUUACGAAGACUUAGAAAUGAAUCGUCAAUAUUAAAAGAUGCUGUUAUAACAGCAAUUCCUACUCAUUAUUCAAGAGUAUUAUUUACGUGUACAAGGAUAACUUCUCCAUUGAAAUGCGUUGAUUAUUAUUUACAUCAGUUUAUAGACGACAAAGAGAAAAGUAAACAAUCUGGUCCCCCACAAGCAACAGAGGAAUUUACUUUGGGAAGUGGGGAAGAUAGACUAGGUUUCAUAAUGUUUGAAUGUGGUUUGGAAGGUAUCAAACUAAAGGUAGUAAAAAGAUCUCAAUUUGAAAAAGGAGAAAAUGGAAGCGACGAUAAAAAAGUCGAUGCUGAAAUAUUUUAUACAGAUAGUGUAAAAAGUCAAGAGGAACUAGACAAUGCAGCUACUUCUACUGCACCUGCAGCUGAACCAGAAACAGCAUCAACUAAUUUACGUAAUGGAGCACAAAUAAAUACAAGUGCGACGUGCGCUAGUCUUGCUUCGAAAGCAGAAAAUGGAAAUACUGUAUCUUGUGUCAUAGAAUUGAAAACAGUGUGGUUCAAUUUUGCGGCCCCGCCGCGUACUCCAAUAACAAGGAAAAUUGAUUAUACUCGAUUAGACUGGAAUUUACUAAGUACAGCAUCGCCUGCUAUAAAUGCUUGGAUGAAUCCUAGUAAUAAAUUUGCAAUUCGAAUUGUACACAUGUUUAGAACUAUGUAUCGAAGAUCAACCGCUAUUGUUGCUUGUCUUAUGGCAGAAGCAUUAGAUGUGCAAGCAAUUCAUAUGCCAGCUAAGAGUCGUUACGGACGAUUAACUCCAUUAGCGAAAACAUUACAAGAAGAUCCAUCCUGUCAAUUGUGUACGAUUUUACAAAAUUAUGUUCUAUUAAACGAUUUAAAAAUUAUUGAAGCUAAUUUAAAAGAAUCGGAUUUACCUUUGUUAUCGACACUUCGUCAGGGUGUUAUAGUGCUGAGUAGGCAAUGGAAGAAUGUUCUUUAUACUCCACUGCUGUUGGAACACAAUUACAAAACUAAACACGUUAAACCAUUGAAUGUCACAUUUGCUGUUUCAGACCCUGAUGAGGAAAAUUUGCUGACAGACGGUGAGGGUAGUGCGGGUGAAGUAGAUGAACAGGAAGUCACAGAUGAAUGUGCUAUGUUAAUUCACACUGAUCAUAUGCAUAAGCAUACACAUAUCAAGAGUGGACAAGAUAAAAGUACAGGUAUUUGUGGUGAUGGUUUGACGGUUCCUGUAAGUUCUCCUCGAGGAAAAGAUACAACCCCUAUUGCAACACCGGUUCCAGGCCCGGAUUCAUUAACCUCUCCCUCUCCACCAGUAGCUCAUCUAAAGAAAGGAAAAUCAUUACAACCUACACAAGUGCCUGCUAGUACACGAGCAAGUAUUGUUUUUCCAUUGCUUGCAAGUGGUGGGUUAUUUAAUCAAGCUCGGGAACCAAAUAACAUAAGUUACGGUACAUUACGAGAAGAGAAAACACCUCAGAUCCACGUUUCACAUUCUCAUCAACUUGGAUCCAAUCCAAGUAUUUAUUCUGGAGGUGGUCAUGGUAGUCAGCAUAGUACUGGAAGUUUGGAUCAAGUUACAUCUCCAACAAGUCAUCAUUCUAAUAAACCUUUAAGUACAGGAGAAGAUUUGUACAGUUGGAUGGCCAAGCAGCAAGAGUUUAUAAAAGACAAUGAUAAAAGCAAUUUAAAAGGAAAUUGGGUCUUUCGCGCAGAGCAAAAGUCUUUGAAGGAUUCAAAAAUUAAUACAAUGACGACAGAUGAUACAGAAGACUCUGAUGUUCACAGUGGUACCCUUCUUUAUCCAAUGAAAGAUUCACUUAGACUUUUGGAUGCACAUUUAAUCUUUGAACCACUUUUGUCUUCCUUAUCGGUUAUGCCACAACAAAUGUUAUCUGCCAUUGGUUCAGGAAAUGUGAAUAAUGUAUCUUCUUUGGACUCAUUAGGAUCAAAUUUAUCUUUAGUAGGAAAUAUGGAAACUAUGCGUAUCGAUAUAGUUGUUAGUGAAUUCGGGAAAGUAACAGAUAAAAAGAAGGGUAGCAAAUACCAAAUGAAGAAAGGAAAUAGUUCCAAAUUUCAUUUGAAUAUACCACCAGAAACUCCGGCAUUUUUAUGUGAAAAGAUUGGUAUUGACAUAGAUGUUAAGAAAAUGGCUGAUAUGACAGUAGAUGAUAUGAUUCAAAAACAGACUGUUUUGUACAUAUCUAGGGGCCAAUUGAAGAAACAUACAAGUACAGUUGUGAAUUUUAGUUUAAAUAUACGAUACAUUAGCCAACAAGUAAACAUGCCUCUUCUCAGAUUAUUACAUCAAAUUAGUAACAUGUAUCAAAAUGUCAAAGAAACACAAAUGGAACUGAAAGAACAACAACCGGAGAGCAAACGAAACAAUACUUUAAUUGUUAAUGAUACAAUAGCAAAAAAUGGCUCAUCUUCAACAUCUGAUCUACAAGAACAACUUUUAUUGGAGGGUAAAAAGAUAGAUGUUCCAUUGCUUCGUAAUAAUUUUGAGCCUAAUUUAUCAAAAGUUAUAUCACCCGGCGCGAGUAUUCGAUCUCGCCCGCAAAGUUUUGCUCAAAAAUUACGUAGUACCGGAAAAAGUGUGAAAGGAUAUAUCAAUUUAAGCGAAGGCGUAAUUACCCCCAAUUUUGGAGCGAGUCCUAGUGGAUCAGGAUUAGACAAAUUUUGUGUACUUCCUGAUAAAUGUAAAGAUACAGCGCAUCUUACACCACGAUGUUGGAAAACCAUCUAUUACUUACUGGAUUUGUAUGCUACACGACCGGAAACUAAAACUAUUACACAUCGUUUCUCUAUACCAGCCGAUGCAUCGGAACAUUAUAAAAGUGGACGAAAAUACGAAUUAUUAAAUGAAACAAAAGAUGUAGAUAUCGAGAAAGGAUUGAAUGCUGAAAACAGCUCAACACCAGUACCACUACCACGAGAAUUGAGCAUAGUAACGGGAGAACGAACAAGACUAGUUAUAUUUGGAGUUGCCCGGAUACAUCGAACCAGAUUAUUGGCUACACUUAGCGGAUUAAAACUUGAGGCAGAAAUAACAAGUCUUCAUGCGAGUUUAACAUGUCGCAAAAAGUCAAGGCCCGCAAGCUUAGAAUGUAGCUUAACCGGGCAAAUAGGCAGGACUAUGAUCGUUUUAUUAGAAGGUGUAGCACCGAGUCAGCAAACAGUUGUCAAAGUAACUGUGGGGAAAUCACAAGCACUGUAUUCUAGCAUUAGUAGACGUCAGAAAGAUAAAAAUAGUGGAUUAUUGACUGUUGGUGCAGUCAAUAUUGACAUUCCCCAACAUCCGGUAGCUUUACACGGUAUGAUGACUAGAGGCAGCAAACAAUUAUCUUCAACUUUGCAAGAAUUAAGGGUAACAAGAACAUCAUCGAGAAUGUCCAGGGGCCAACAACCAGAUGAAGUGGAUACAGGUGUACCUAGUAGUCCACAUCAUUAUGCCCCUGCCCCAUCUGUUGAUUUAGAAAAGCCACAAGUCGUAUCUAGCUUGCUAGAGCCAAUUAUAAUGCAGUUCCACAUAAUUCUUCAAAGUUUAAGUAUAACCGCAGCUCUAUUACCAUCUUUGCAAGCACAAUAUAAAAUGGAUCAAGUGACUAGUUCUGGUAUAACUGGGAGUAAAGCUAAAUUCACAAUAGAUUUACCUCAUCACACCUUGAGUUUUACAACGAAACUUCAAGUAACCGAAGCAAAUUUACCAUCUGAAGCUAGUAUUGGACUUCCCAAGGUACAUGUAUCCGCGGAGUACAUUCAAGAUGGUAACAGUAAUAUGAAUGAUAGUAAAUUAGCUGACGGUGUUGUUUUAAGACAAGGCAGCUACCUCAGUGCUACAGCUGAUAUCGGUGUUUUUGAACAUUCUUUGACUACAGAUCUUCUUAAUCAUUUAGUGUUCGUACAAAAAGUGUUCAUGAAAGAAGUAAACGAAGUUGUACAAAAAGUUUAUGGCGGAGAGAAACCGGUUCCUCUGUGGUUAGAAGAUGAAGAGCCAAAUAAUACAGUCGUUAAAAGGAUAUUAUUUACAUUAAUCAUUCGUAUCAAAAGAAUACAAUUAACCGCAACAACUCCAACAAAUUCGGCAGUACGGUUGGAAACUGGAGCUGUCGAACUUCAGUUAUCUAAUAGAGUACAAAAUGUUUCUGGUGCUACUCAACCAAAUCCAUAUAUGAAAUUAUUUGGGAAAGCUCAAGUUGACAUUAAUUUAAGUCUCGGUCAAUUGCUGAAAAAUGUGUUAUUUGAAGAAGCCGACCCGGAAUUUCAACAAUUCGCAUUUUUCAAUACUAGAGUAGGAUUACGGAAUGCCUUUCAAGAAGAGAUGGCAGAAGAUGAAGAUAAAGAAGUAGUUUUAAUAACGUUGAAGCGUCCAUUAAUAUACGUUCAACCGGUGGCUAUUGAUAAGGCUAUACUUGUUUGGUUAAAUUAUAAAAAUGCAUAUGAAUAUUGGAACGAAAAAAGAGCUAAUUUAAAUAAAGAGGUUUUAACGUUUGGCCAGAUAACGAGUCAACUAAGUGCUCCCCAUUUAGGGACAUUAUUUUUACAACUAACCGUGGAUGAUAUGGGUAUUUGUGUACCGCUUAAUCCUUUACCACCUACGUGGGGUAUGAACAGAGGACUGUAUGAUGGCGAAUCGAGAGGUGCUGUAGUCGUGACAUUAGAAAACACAAGUAUAUCAGCAUGCAGCAGUGGUAGUUUAGUUAGCAAAGGAAGAUUUAUGGGUUUGUGCUUAAGAUUUGCUGAUGAUUUUGAGACUUCUUUGGAUGAUUGGAAACCUGAUGCAACUGAUAGCAGUAUCAUGAAUUUAUGUAUGGUAUCUGAAGGCACCUAUGAAGUAUGCAGUAGAACAAUUGCACAAAAACCAGACAAAUCUGAUAAUGCUAAGUGGAUUUUAAAUGUACAGUGGCAGAUGGAAGGUGUUGAUAUUCAUUUAGAUGUGAAUGUAGGACAACAAUUGUCAGCACUUGGGCAUACGUUAACGAUGUUAACCGGUUCUGAAGAAGAUGAUAUUCAUGAACAUACGGAAUAUGAUAGCGAUGAUGGAGAUCAGCCAGAUAAUAGUACUAGCCAGGUUAAGAAAAAAGAGAGUAUAUUAAUGAAGAAAUCUAAAAACUGGACAGAUAAUUUACCUGCAUUCGUUUUUGACCCUACAAUCGACGCGAAGAAGAGAUCGAAACUAAUUGAGAAAGAAAUGAAUGAGCAAGCAAAAAUUAUAAAUGAUCUACGAUCUUUGGGCGCUUCUCAUGGAACUAUAGAACAGGAAAUGAAACGUUUGCAUGAAUUAGAAGCUAUGGUGUUCAAAGAUUUUAGAAGAGAUAUGAUUCAAAAGUUGAGAAGACAGUCUGUUAAAGCGUCUGGAAUAAAAGGUAAAUUAGGACUUGGUGGUAAACCGAAUACUUAUCGAUCACGUUCGUUUAUUGUACCAUCACCGACACUUGAAAAUCAACUUGAAAGUCCGGAGGACAUAAAUAUGGAAAUUAACUCAGCGAAUUCUGCUAGCUAUGAAAGUAGUCCUAGAAGUGGUCCUAGUCGGUCGGCUUCCCUGCGUGUCAGAGGACUUGGUGGUCCACGAGUUACAUUCAGUGAUACACACACAAUAGGAAGGCAAUCAUCAUUACCAAGUGCUGGCUCCGAAUUAAGUUUACCAGAAGGAGAAUUGGAAUGGCCAGAAACUAUUGAAAUAGAAGGAGAACGAGUUGAAUUAAGAAAGAAAAAUAGAGAUGUCAGUUGCACCUCAAGUUAUGAUAGUAUGGAAGGAAAUGCACCGUUACUUGAUUCAUUUGGAAAAGAACAAUCUUCAUCGACCUCAUCGCCAUAUAUAACACCACAGAAAGCUCAAGAGCCUAAUAUAGAUUUUGAGCUGGACGUUAAAGUUCUAAUCAAUAGUGGCAAAUGCGUGCUUCAUACGAAGGAUCCAGGAAAAGAAGAUGAAAUUAAAAUUAUGAGCAGAAUGAAAAAGGAACGAUCGUGUUCAGGAGGUACAUUUGAAUUUCAACCAAGCAGCCCUAGUAGUAGUAGAAAGCAUUUAAGUAGUAAAGAAAAAUCAUCCACUACAAGUACAUCUCGAUUACGAUAUUUGCAACAUACAAAUGUACCUUUGGUGGAUUUGACAAUUUUUCAUAUUCCUGGUUUAGAUGUAAAGUUACAUUAUGAAUCUAAAACGCUACCUGAAGAAUCGGUAUCUCCACGGAUAUCGUCGGACAAUACUAUGCUUAAUCCUUCAUCAGUAAGCAUGCUUAAAAAAGCAAGUACUAAAAAAGCCAGCUUAUUUGCCUGGAUGACACUUCAAAGUAUACCGGAAGAAACCAUAAUAAGUCCACAUAUUCUUGAAUUUCUGGAACAAACAUUAGAACCAAUACCAAGCAAAACCCAUUUCCACAGUACUUUUCAUAGUAAUGCACAAACGUAUCCAUUAGAGAAUACGGAAAGUACAUCAUGGGCUGCCACCGCAGCAAGUAGCAAUUACGUUUACGCGAGUUUCCCCGUUGAUGUAAUAGUGUAUUUUCAUAUGCAACCUUCGACGUUUAGAUUUUCGUGUUUACCAGUUUCUCGUGUAGAAUGUAUGCUUCAAUUGCCGUCCCUCGACAUAGUAUUUUCGUCCAAACGAGCAGAAGAAGAGCUCGUUGAAUUUCGAGAGUACAAAUCUCCAAGUACACAGUCUACUGGGAAAGAAGCGGGUUCAGCAAUUGGCGGAUUGUCUGUUACUGGAUGUUUAGCUGAUUUCUCCGUUUACAUUUUUCAUCCUUAUGGUGGUGGCAAGAAAACAGGCUUAAAAGAAGCGCAAUGGUCACCUUUAUCUGAUAGCGAGAGAAAAGAUUCUUUAAGCAUUAACGUUGAAUUCGUAAAAUUUCACAUGUCAAGAAGUCGAAAAUUGAAUUUUCAAAGUGAACAAUCAAAGAAGAUAUCGGAUACUAGCCGCGCAGUCAUACGGUUUUCAACUAUCGUUGAUAUUGGAUCUGCCUCGUUUAAAUAUGAUAUGAGAAGAUUAAGCGAGAUUUUGGCUUUUCCCAAAGCAUGGUACAGACGUAGUAUAGUACGUCGUUUAUUUUUGGGAGAUCUGAGUUCAGGUACCGCAUAUUCUGAAGGUGAUGGCAGUCCUUCUUUAAAUCAGGAAGAAGCAGUCAUGGGUAGCUCUUUAUUAAAACAUUACGAUCGACACGGCACUGAUGGCCUGUCAAAAAGUGCUCCAGAACGAAGCCCAACAUUGAAUAGGGAUAAAUUAAGAUUGAGUCUAGAAAGUGAUAUGCCCACGCACGCACGAUUGAAAGAUAUCGGAAGGGGAUGGAGUUUCACUUCAGACAAACAAACGUCAUCUUCAGAAAUGAAAUUAAGGGAAGCUGCUUGGGAGACAUUGGUGUUGUUUGCAAUAAAUUUCACUCGUUUAAAUGUUCAUAUGAAUAUGGGUAACGUGAUGGGCAACGUCACAUGGAUGACAAAAGAUUUCCGAUCCGAUGGAAGACUAUCUAUAGGAAGUAGUGGGCAUAAAAAUUUGUAUAUAGGAGUUGGAUUAGGUGGUUCCAGUUUAGAUGCAAAAGGUGGUAUUGUUGGUGGUACCAUAGAAUUGAGCAAAAUUGAUACGUACAUACAUAUUCGAGAAGAACCUGGAAUAGAACCUGAUCACACAGUUGGUUUAAAACUGUUUGCAUUGGAAUUGCGAUUAGAUUAUAUGGGGGCGAGUGUGUUAAUGUCUAGAGUGUCUUCAUUAGAUGUUACGUUAAGAGACGAAUGGAAAAUUAAUCGAAACAGUAGUGGAGAUGCUUUUAUGCCAACAAGAAGGCCUGCAGUAAUUUUCAUGCACGGCGAUUUAGGAUGGGAUCAAUUGCAGCUUAUGAUCAGUGAAUCAACAACUGCAGAUUUAUUGAAAAUGUAUUAUAAAUUGGAUGAAUUCUUUAGUCAACAGUUUAAGAGUAGUAAACGAGUGUUUAGUUCUUUGCAACCAAGGCAUCAGAGGGUUACCAAUAGCAGUUUCAAAAAAAGACAACAGAAAAAGAAACCUACUACAGAAGUGAAUGUCAUAGGGCCGUGGAAUCUAAAUCAGACUAUGAUGUCCGAUGCUCGUCAUCACAGACAUUGGCAGGGAGUGUUAGCUCAAGUGGCAGGAUUACAAUUAGGUAGUCUAAGGUUUUCUCUACCAUCAACGGGAACUGUACUUGGUGGUACAAUGGAACUUCACGGCUGUAACAUUAGUUUGGCGUGCUUCCAUGGAAUUAACUUCAAGAGUAAAAGUUGGGCAUUGUUUUCAUUGAAGGAACCAUGUAUCAGUUUUGCAACUGAAGCACAAGAGAUCCCAAGCGUCGAAUCGCCAAAUACAUGCGACGUUCAUGUCGUGCAAACGUUGACCAUUAGUUUAGGUCAGCAACAAGAGCAACAUGCAAGACAUAAUUCUAUGGCUACCGUUUGCAAAUUAAGUCGUAACGUAGUAUUUCCGCCACAAUUUAAAUCACUGCAAGAAUGGUUCCAUUAUGCAUUUGCUAGCAGUGAAAUUGAUGCUGUAGAUCGAUUUCCAUGUGUGGAAAGAGAACGAAUGGAAACUACGUCUGAUACUGGUAACAUGACUCGAGGAAGAAGCACGUCAACCACUUCUGGAAAAUUACAAGAACAUUCUCAUGCAAGAGAAGUUAUAUUUGCUUUACCGUCACUGCAGUUACAUCUGAAGACUGAACACCUACAAACCGCCAAAACUCCGGACGUUAUUGGUGAAAAACCAUUAGUCGAAUGUAGUUUCAUAACAGAGUUUGAAGACCAUAUCUUUGUCACGGUAGACGCCGAAGCCUUUUUCUUCCUGCAUGAUCUAAUCACUUCGUACGUAAAAGAAAAAGAGAAAGUGCAUAUCGGUACACGAGCACACAGCCCCGAUCCACAUGAAAAGAAAACCGGAACUGCGACAACUAGCAGUACCUCCACUUCAGCAACGAUCUCCGCUGAAGAGGAAAAGAAACGCAAACAAUUCGAUCCAGCAGAAAUGUUUAUAAAAGAUUGGCGAUCAUACAGAUGUAAAACAUGGCAUUUAGAGCCAACCGUAAGGUUACUUUCAUGGGCUGGAAAAAGUAUCGAACCUUACGGUAUAGAUUAUAUUUUGCAAAAGUUAGGUUUCUCGCAUGCUCGUACAACGAUACCAAAAUGGAUUCAACGAGGUUUCAUGGAUCCUCUAGACAAAUUAUUAGCCAUUCUCAUGUUAAGAAUGGUCUCAGCAGUUCGUGAAGAGCCUCCCGAGGAACAGAAAGAGCAUAAACGAGAAAAGUAAUCAUUGUGAUUCGAGGGUAAAUAGAAUUCAGAAACGUUCAAAUUGAAAAUCGUUCAGUAAUCGUCCAAGAUAAUUAAUGUUCUCUUAGCAGAGUACUAAACAAAGAUAACAAUAAACGAUUCUACUCUAGUAUUCUUCUGUAGUAGAUAAAACGAACGUUGCUUAAUAUGAGUUUAGAAGAAGAAUAUACAUAUUGUUAAUUCACUAAGAGAAUAUGGUUGUUUGGGGUAACAUGAUUAAGUUUAGGAAGACCCAUAAAAUUGCUUGGGUACAUGUAAGAUAUCAAUACUAUCUCCUAUCAUAUGAGAUAGUCUAAAAUCAUAAUUAGGCAGCAAAUUGUCUUUUAGUAAUUGUCGAUAAAUAUCGGCAAUAAAUAAUUUAAUAUUUAAUGAGUAUUAUUGAUGAUUGACUUCUUAUUCAAGAUAAUUUUUGUGUAUAUGAAUAUCUUAUAAAUUUUCAGCCAUACUUUCCACUUCAGUAGUCAUAUGGCGGAUAACAAAUAUGAAUAAUGGGAAAAGGUUAAAUGAUAUAGAAUGUAGGUAGCAUAUAAAAUAUAAUACAAAUGGACACGUACGAAUAGUAUUAGGAAAAUUUAAAGUUCCGUACGCGAGGUUGAUUAUAAACUGAUUAGAGUCAAUAUAUGCAUAAUGAAUAAAAAGCAGGUUAUUUGACAACCCUAUUCUCUUGUUGAAUUGAUACAGGUAACAAAGUUUAGGAAUGCGCAGCUCCAUCUUCCGGAUUCGGAAUAAGUCGAAUCUAAGAUUUUAAUUAAUUCAAAAUUUGUCCGACAUAUUAGAUUAUCCGUACACUCCCUAAUCCCAGUGAUUACUAUAUUAAUUAUCCCCAGUGUAUAAAACAAUGAAUUCUAUAACAAACCGAUAUUUCGGGUGAAUGGGAAAUUCACAGAACAUUUGUAAGAAGCGUGUUAAUAAGAUGCAGCAUAUAUAAUCAAGAAAUUGUACAAUAGGGUAUAGGCAAAGGUUUAUAAUCAUCGAUAUUCCGAUCGAAUGUGUUGGAUAUUGCACAGAACGCCAAGGGCACAUCAACGAACCUUAGAAUAUAUAUAUGUAUAUUAACAACGUUUAUAGCGACGGUUCGUAAUAUUUUCAUAAUAUAAAAGAACACGAAGAAUCUUAGUCCAAUGUAGUUAAGUAUUCGUCACUACAACGUUUGCGAUCGUGACUGUAAUCAUCCUAAGAUUAAAAUACGCAUUUCGUGCACGACGUUUAGUUUACCGAAUUAUCUAAAACGGAACAGAAGGUUCUCGGCUUUAGGAUUUUAUAAAUUACGUUUAUUUAUGUAUUAUGUACAGUUAGCGUUCUAAGAAAUAUUAUAUGCCUAGGUAAGGAUCAUCGAGUUAAUUAUACGUGUUAUGAAUAUCGAAUUAUGCGUAUAAAUAGAAGCAGAAGACACUUCUUGCUUGAAACUCUGCAGCUUUCUUAGCGUGUAUUAUCUCCAAAAAGAUUGUCUUUCUAUAUACAAACUGCUCACGCGAUUACGCUUACAUUCUUAAGAAUACGUUUUCUUUUUGUUCUAGUUCGACUUUUUUUCUUUCUUUUUACAAUUGUAAUUCUCAAGAAAUGGAGUUUGUAUAGUUAAUCGAUACCAGCCGUGGCAUUUUUGCUCAUUUUUAAACAUAAUUUUCGCGAACCCUACGAUACCGUAAUUUAAGUUUUAACACGACAGAAUACAAGUUUCAAUUAUCGUUGUAAUCUAAUGUAAUAUAUUGUUGUGUAUACAUAGCGCGAUUCUUUCCGCAUAAUUCAUGAAUCUAUAAAUAUACAUAUAUAUACAUAUACAUAUACAUAAUGAUGCCAAGUUAUGAUUGCAACGUGCACUUUCAAACCGAUGAAAUUAACAAAGCUCUGAUACAUAUUAGGCAAUAAGUUGUUACUGCAGGAUUACGGAUUUCAAUGUAUACAUAUAUAUUCUAUUUUAAGGGAGAUGUAAAAAAUUCGAUUAAACGUAGUGGAUACGCAGAGAUAAGUAAACAGAAAGAAAUAAUCGAUGUAUCAUUGUUCAAGUGAUUUUUCUUUUUUUUGAGAGACUCAUAUUAACAUUACACACUUAAAUUCAGGGCCGGCCCGACAUAGAUAUUUCCUUGAAAUACAAAUAUAAUCGCUUCCGUGUGUUUAUUUUUAAAUGCUCACUUCCAAGACUCUAUCGAUAAAAGAUAUAGACAAGUUAAUUCUAUACUGACUCAAAAACUGUAAAUUUUUAGUUAAGUCGCAGUAAAUGUAUGUUAUGUUGUGAUGUAUGUAUGUUUAUGAAAUUUGUAAGCGUUUUGAGCUUGAAACGUAUACAUAUGUUUCUUUUGGUCGUGCUGAAUGAAACCAGACACCGUGUCGGGCCGGCCCUGUUUAGACCCACCGAUAUAUUCGCAAGAAUUUAUAAUUUCUUUCGUUCAGUCUUCCUGCAGCAUUACUUAACUUUUAAGCUGAAGCCAUUACGAUUAAUAUUGAACUUGUCUAGAUGUAAAAAUGUUAAACGAAAGAUAAUGGACAAGAUGUAUAUCAAUGUGUUUCUAUUAUGUUAUAAAACGAGCCAAAAAGAAGAAGUUUCUUUUACAUUGUAAGUGAUAAUUUUGGGUUUCUCACCGCUCAUAACCGUUAAUAUUGUAACAAUGACGUCUAUUUGUAAUAGAACAUUAAUUACUUUGAAUUUUAUAAUGUCAAACAUAUAUAUACAUAUAUAAAUAUAUUAUAUACGCAUUGAAUUUGUAUCGUGAUAUACGUAUAGCUUUAUAUGCAAGUUCCGGCAAUUUUAUCAUUGAUGAUUGAAAGUGUUUAUAAUAUAGGAUGCGAAAAUUGAGUAGCUCUAUAACUAAUGAAAACUACACGGUCUGUAAGUUUAAGUAGUUUUAGAGUAAGAGUUUCAUAUUGAAAUACUGAUUGAUUUAAUUUAGUAAAAAAAAAGUAUGUGGUAUUUACAAAUUUCUGUCAUUUGAACUGCUGAAGUAUAAGCUGAAGAAAUGUGAAAACUUAUUUUCAAUAUUUUCUCUGUAAAUUGUGAUAAUAUUCAAAAUUUGUAAGAUUAUUUGAAGUUUUGCAUUUUGUAAGUGCAAUAUUUUUGUUUGCAUAUAAUAUGUCCUGUCACUCGUUCUGUAGCUGUACAAAAAUUUGUAGACACCAUGUAUACCCGAAUAACGAAACACGUGUUCCUUUAAAAGUAAUGCAUUAAAGAAACUCGACGAGAUUUUGCUACUCUCUUUAGCUACAAUUAGUCGAUUGUUAUCCGCGCGUUAAUUUAUUCAAAAUAUAUAAUAAGUUUUACCGGAACUUGUAUCACGUGCGUGUACAUUUGCUCACUGUUACGACUUCUUCACGCGUGAUGUUCUAUCAAAUUAACAAAAACGAAAAAAAGACUUGGUAGAUCCAGCCAGUAGAAAAAUAGCGAAUUUUACAUUGUAAACUUUAGUAUUACUUGCGAACACACACACGGUGUAUUUGUAUAAAUGUUUUCUUCUUUUUUUAUUUAUUUCCGUAUAAGAACGAUAAGAACAUUCGUUUCAAACGAAGGAAUCAGUGAUCGAUGUCGAAGCGACAAAGUAACUGAAUCAACAGUUAAUCGUUCAGUGGAUUCCAAAAUCUUUGUCUACGAUUAGUCGAUUUAUUGUUAGAUAGAAUGUAUUCAUUAGUAAUGACAGGGGCACAUGUCCAAAUUAGAAAAAAUACACUAAUGUGCCUGAGACAUUAACGUUAGCAUCUCUGUCUACAGUGUUUACGACAUAGAUUUUGGUUCGUUUCCACUUAGUUUUACUGAAUUGUCAACUGUUGUUCUAUUUUCUUUGUACAUUUGUUAUCUAUACUUGAACAAGUCAAUAAAAAUAUUUAAAGAACAUA